AUGCACGUCUCUAAUGCUUUACUUGCACAUCUCGUCCUGGCUACACUCGUCGUAGCCGCCUGUGACAGCGACCGCCCCGUCUCGCUGUGCUGCCGCGGAUUUGGACCCGCCUCCAGUUUUUCCUACGUUCUGCAGGACAUCUGCGACACCACCGUGCCAGACCAGAGCCUGGACGUCGGCGCUGGCUGCGAGUCCGGGGUGCCGUGCGAGGGAAGCCAAUAUGAAGGACUGUACAGCGUAUGCUGCGCAGAGACACUCUACUGUCCAUCUGCAAGCACAGACGGCAGCUACGGGUACAACUGCACAGGGACGUGGGUGGAGGGCUGA